UUAUCCGCACAGGAAAACUUCAGCAGAGAGGAAAACAUUAACUUCUCCUGUCUCAGCUCACUCCUGUUACAAAGAUGGACAGUUAUGGAUAAUUAAACCUUACAUUUGCGCCACGAUACUAAAGGACACGAGGUCCCAGUUCCCUUUUGUUAACCGAGAGAGAAGGGGUGUGUUGUGAGCCUGCCAUUUUGUGUGGAUCUCCGUAGAGUCCCCUGACUCCUCCCAGAGGAGACAUGAAUGCCCAGGGAGAAGCUGGCGCAGCGGGGCUGUUGGCAUCCAGCCCACAGAGCGAGGCUGUGACCCACGAGCUGCGUGAACUAUCCCUGCAGCCCAGCCAGAACCUGCCACCUCUCAACGAGCGCAAGAAUGUUCUUCAGUUGCGGCUGCAGCAGCGGCGCACCCGUGAGCAGCUCGUUGACCAGGGCAUCAUGCCACCUCUCAAGAGCCCAGCGGCAUUUCAUGAGCAGAUUCGGAGCCUGGAGAGAGCCAGGACUGAGAAUUUCCUAAAGCACAAGAUCCGGAGCCGCCCAGAAAGGGCUGAGCUAGUCCGCAUGCACAUCUUGCAAGAAACUGUGGCAGAGCCAUCACUACAGGCUACACAGCUAAAGUUGAAGAGAGCUCGGCUAGCUGAUGACCUCAACGAGAAGAUCGCCCAGCGGCCUGGUCCCAUGGAGCUGGUGGAGAAGAACAUCCUGCCCGUGGCUUCAAGUGUCAAAGAAGCAAUCAUUGAUGGCCAGAUGCAGUUCCCCAAAACAAUGGAUAUGUUUGAUGAAGACAGCGGCGAUGCGUUUUCACCAGAGCAGCCAGGCAGUCAGGAGUCCCAUGGUUCUGCAGCCUCUCCUGGGGAGCCCAAGGCCAUGGAAUCCACCUUACCACUGCCCAACAACUUAAUACAGCACUGCCUUCCCUUCGUCCAGGCUACGGGGGAUUUUCUCAAGCCUUAUUCCACUAAUGAACUGUCUGUCAGCCCCCCUGCUCCACAGCCUCAGCAGAUCACUGCCCCUCCCUCCAAACCUGGACCCACACUUGUCAAGCAAAGCCAGCCCAAGAUCCCUGGUGAUAGGAGUCGAAGUAAAAAGAGCAAAGAUGCCAAACCCAGAGUAAAAAAGCUGAAGUAUCAUCAGUACAUUCCUCCAGAUCAGAAACAAGAACAAAGUGAAGCACUGAUGGACUCCUCCUACGCCAGGUUACUGCAGCAGCAGCAGCUCUUCCUUCAGCUACAGAUCCUCAGCCAGCAGCAACAGCAGCACUACAACUACCAAACCAUUCUGCCUGCUCCACUCAAAACAGGACAGAACAGCAAUACUACAGUCGCCAUCAACAGCACCCAGAGUCGUCCUGCUUCCAUUGUGUUGUCUCUGCCUACAGCUGCUUCCUUGCGCCCUAACAAUACCCUGUCCAACCGCAAAGCGGGCACCCUGCCUGCCAACCUGGAAGAGAUGAAGGUGGCUGAGCUAAAAAUGGAGCUGAAGCUGCGUGGGCUUCCUGUGUCUGGAACCAAAACAGAUUUGAUUGAGCGGCUGAAGCCUUACCACGAGAACUCGACUUUCAUCCCGAACUCACAGACCUGUAGUGGACCUAUGGAGGUAUCCAGCACAACCUCAUCCAUUUCCCCGAUGCAACAGCCCUCAGACACCCAGAGCUCAACACCGCCUGUCUCCCCUAAGCCCUCAGAGGUCCAAAUCCGAGAUGAGACCACCAUGGACAGUCAGUCAGAAGUCCGAGGACUUAGCUUUGUUCAGCUGAUGACCGGUCCAGAAGAGCAAGACAGAAGGUUGCACGAAAAAGAGCGUCAAAUUGCAGAGCUACUGAAAAAGCUGGAGCAAGAGCAACGGCUGGUAGAGAAGCUAAAGAUGCAGCUGCAGGUAGAGAAGAGGAGUGCACAUAGUUCUCUGACUGUGGAAAAUCCCAGCAGCACCAGUCAAUCUACCCUGCUGUCAACUGUAAAGACUGAGAGCAUGGUCACGCCCAACUGCAAAGUGACGUCAAAUAGCACUUCUUUACUGAAGAGCCCUACUGCUUCAGUGACUGCCGCCCCUCUGGCACAGUUCAUAUUCAGUAACCAGGGCAUGCCGCAGGUCAUCAGGCAGCAACAGACCCUCCUCACCGCACAGCACGCUGGCACGCAGAUCUUCCUGCCCGUGUCCUUGCCCAAUAAUGCCACUACCAUCCAAUUUACCAAUACUAACGUCAAACUACAGCCAGUCUUUCAGGCAGCUGUCUCUCCUCAAGGCCAAGGAUUAAUCCCGACCCCUCAGCUGCAGCCUGCCAAAGCAGAAAACUCCUCAUCACAACUCAUCAAUCACAACCAUAUAGUGCAGACUAUGUCUAUGAGUAGCACUGCUGGGGCUGGGUUUCAGUACGGUGCCAGUGAAAAGCAGGGAGGCCUUGAAAUUCCUCACUGUUUUGUGGGCAGUUCCCCAGAGGACAAGCUUUGUACACAGACCGCACCCAUCGCAUCCUCACUCACCAACGGCCCUCUGAACAAGUCUCCCACCCAGGUCCCACCAGCCUUUAUUCUGCAGUCUUCUCCAUAUAAUCAUGCACCCAAGAGCCGAGAGCCACCGCCAUACGAGGAUGCUGUUAAACAGGCCCGCAUUCUGCAGGCUUCUGCCACUACACAGGUUCCAUCAACGUCCAGUCAGCAGAUGGACGAUCUGUUUGAUAUUCUUAUUGAAAGUGGAGAGAUUACUCCAUUCACUCAACCAGAGCCUGCUGUGCCCAAGAUGAUGCCAGUCACUGCUAGCAUUACCACUUUACCUGUCAACACAGCCCUCUCUCGGCCACCUGCCCAGGUGCAGAUGGCACCCCCACCUGCACUGAUGGUGGAGCCCAUGCCCAGUCUGGCCUCACUGGCCACAGACAACCAGCUGGAGGCUCUACUAGAAGGUACACUGGUGAACGAGGCUGAGCCUGAGCAGAGGACUCUAAGGCUUUUGCAAGAGCUUCACAACCAGCUGCUGGACCAGCCUCACUCCCCCAUGGACACGUCUGAUCUGGGCUUCAACGAGCCACCUGUGGCUUCCUCUUCCUCGUCCUCCUUUAGCCUGCAGGACACACCCCUGGAAACCAUGGAGUGGCUGGACCUGACCAUACCAGGGCCUAUCGGUCCCCUCAACCCGCUAGGCAUGGCCACGGAUUUCCUCGACACACAUGACCUGCAGCUGCACUGGGACUGAGAGCACUGUACACACUCGUUUUUUACUGUGUGUGUUACUGCUCACACAGUUAAUGGGUUUCUGGGAGUGUGAAUGGACUGGUUUGAUCCUGGUGAAGUGUAGAUAUGGGAUCGCAUAGUUUUCAGACUGUCUUGUCUGAAGACUGCACAGGAAAGAUGCAGCCUUUAUUUUUCCCAUUCCAACAUCACAUUAUCACUCAAAAGAAGACGUGAGUGCUUUUUUUUUUUUGCUGUACCUAGCUGGAGCUGUUAUUCAUCAUCAGGUUUAUGGCCUAGUAUGGUGCUAUCAGAACAAAGAACCUUAAAUAGGUUGCUUAUAAAUGCAAUGCAGGCUGUGUUCUGUUUUCUGUGCCAUUUAGAAGAGGAAAUUCUAUUUAA